UUUGCCGUCUCUCUCUUUGCAUCUUUCUCUUCGAUUUCUCCCUCUCCCUCUCCCUCUCAUUCUCAAUUUGCUCGAUUUUCUCUCUCUAAAUUUUCCACUUAUUUUCUCUCUCUAGAUCGAAAAGCGGCUACUGUUAAUCAAUCGCCUCUCUCAAUUGAUCGCUCUCUAUGUUGAUGGAUCUGGGUUUUGAUUAGAUCGGACAAGUCUAUUUUCCGUCAAAACCCUAGAAUCGGGGGAUUCGAUUGGCUUGGCGGAUAAACUAGGGUUUUCGUUGGGGAAAUGAUGAUAGAUAGGGUUUUGUCUGGAUCUAGGUUUUGAAACCGGUCAGAAUUUUCGUGAAAGACAGGUUUUCGGAGGAAGGACAAGGAAUAAGGAGGAGGGGAUUGAUGGUACUCGAAGGGGAAAAUGCAAGGAGGCUAUGCAUGGGAGGGUAUGUGAGGAUAGGAAAAGGGUUCGGCACAUGUGGACAGCUCCCUCGCGUGUCACUGCGAGUGUGAACGCUGAUGUUUCUUCGUCUUCGUCAUCUUCAUCCAAUUCUUUUUGCAAGGACGGACGCAAAAUCAGUGUUGGUGAUUGUGCUCUUUUCAAACCACCGCAAGAUUCCCCACCUUUCAUUGGACUAAUCCGUUGGGUGACUGCUGGUAAAGAAAAUAAGUUAAGAUUGGGUGUGAAUUGGCUUUAUCGUCCUGCUGAAGUAAAGCUUGGCAAAGGCAUCCUUUUGGACGCCGCGCCGAACGAGAUUUUCUAUUCCUUUCAUAAGGAUGAGAUUCCUGCUGCAUCCUUACUCCACCCGUGUAAAGUUGCCUUCCUUCCUAAAGGUGUUGAACUUCCAUCAGGGAUUUGCUCUUUUGUGUGUCGGCGAGUUUAUGACAUCACAAACAAGUGUUUAUGGUGGCUAACUGAUCAAGAUUAUAUUGAUGAGCGACAGGAAGAAGUAGAUUUGCUGUUAUAUAAUACGCGUUUAGAAAUGCAUGCGACAUUGCAACCAGGUGGCCGUUCUCCAAAGCCAAUGAAUGGUCCUACACCACAGUUAAAACCCAGUUCAGAUAGUGUACAGAACAGCGCCUCGAUUCCUUCCCAGGUUAAGGGAAAGAAGAGGGAACGUGUGGAUCAGGGUUCUGAGCCUGUUAAGCGAGAGCGUUCUAUGAAAAUGGAAGAUGGGGAUUCUGGUUAUGGUAGAUCUGAAAGUUUUUUAAAAUCUGAGAUUGCAAAAAUUACAGAAAAAGGGGGUCUUGUAGAUUCUGAAGGUGUGGAAAAAUUGGUGCAGCUAAUGUUGCCUGAGAGAAAUGAUAAGAAAAUAGACUUGGGUGGUCGGUCUGUUCUUGCUGGUGUUGUUGCAGCCACAGAUAAAUUUGAUUGUCUUAGCCGGUUUGUUCAGCUCAGGGGUUUACCUGUGUUUGAUGAAUGGCUCCAAGAAGUCCACAAAGGGAAGAUUGGGGAUGGUUAUAGUCCCAAGGAUGGUGAUAAAUCUGUUGAGGAGUUUCUCUUGAUUUUACUUCGUGCACUUGAUAAAUUGCCUGUAAAUCUUCAUGCUCUUCAGAUGUGUAACAUAGGCAAGUCUGUGAAUCAUUUGCGUUCUCACAAGAACUUGGAAAUUCAGAAGAAAGCGAGGAGUUUAGUUGACACAUGGAAGAAACGUGUAGAAGCCGAAAUGGAUGCAAAGUCAGGGUCCAAUCAGGGAGUCUCCUGGCCAGCAAGACCUCGGCUUCCUGAAACCUCACAUGGUGGGAACAGACACUCAGGUGGAUCAUCAGAUGUUGCUAUGAAGAGCUCAGUAACACAGGUUUCUACGUCUAAAGCUGCUCCAGUUAAGCUUGUCCAGGGGGAAACACUUUAAAGUCUGCAUCUCUUCUCCAGGAUCUAUGAAAUCAACCCCUCGCCUGCAUCAGCUAGCACAAGCUUAAAAGAUGGACAACCAAGAAAUACUGCUGUUGGCGGUGCAUCUGAUCUCCCUCUAUCAGCAGCAAGGGAUGAAAAAAGCAGUAGUUCUAGUCAAUCCCACAACAAUAGUCAGUCUUGUUCAAGCGACCAUGCUAAAACUGGGGGGUUUUCUGUGAAGGAAGAUGCGAGGAGCUCCACUGCUGGUUCGAUGACCGUGAAUAAGAAUUCAGGUAGUUCUUCACGACACCGGAAAGCAAUGAAUGGCUUCCCAGGAUCAGCUCUAUCUGGGGCUAGGGAAACAGGGUCAAGCAAGAGCUCUUCGAUGCAAAGGAAUACUGCUCCAGAGAAAUUAUCACAGUCCACUUUGACAUGUGAAAAACUUGUUGAUGUGUCCAUGGGCGAGGGGAAUAGUCACAAGUUGAUCUCAUCUGCUGCUAAUCAUAAAACUGAGCAUGUGGCGGAGAAUUUGGACAGUAACGAGGUUAAUGAGCAAUGUCGUGAUGGACCAUCCCCUCCAAAGGUAUCAUCUCCAUAUCUGGUGCAAGAAACAGAAUCACGUGCGAAGCCUAGAGGAUCAAAGUUGACCAGUAAUGAGGCAGAUGAAGCAGAGGAAUGCACAUCUACUACCAGGGAUACAUCUUCUGUCUCUGCUGCAGGGGGUUCAGAUAUGGAUGCAAAAGUGGAGUUUGACUUGAAUGAAGGCUUUAAUGCCGAUGAUGGAAGAUGUGGAGAUUCAAAUCACUUAACAGCACCUGGAUCUUCAGCACCAGUUCAGUUGAUUAGCCCACUUCCUUUUCCUGUUUCUUCUUUAUCUAGUGGUCUUCCUGCUUCAAUAACAGUGGCUGCUCCUGCAAAGGGUCCCUUUGUACCACCAGAAGACCUCUUGAGAACUAAAGGGGCACUUGGUUGGAAGGGAUCAGCAGCCACUAGUGCAUUUCGGCCUGCUGAACCUAGGAGGGUAAUGGAGAUGCCACUAGGUGCAAUUAACAUCUCUCCUCCUGAUGCUACUACCAGCAAGCAGAAUCGCCUACUUUUGGAUAUUGACUUAAAUGUACCACAAGAAAGAGUCCUGGAGGAUUUGGCUUCUCAAAGUUCUGCACAGGUUCCAAGUUCCGUCAGUGACUGUAACCGUGAUUCAUCAUGCGAUGAGAUUCUGGGCUCGCCUUGUGUACGCUCCUCUGGGGGACUUGAUCUUGAUCUGAACAGAGUUGAUGAGCCUGCUGAUAUAGGUCAUCCAAACAACAAUCACAGGUUAAAUGCUUCAUUUCAGCCUGUGAAGUCAUCAUCAGAUGAUCGCCUUAAUGAUGAGGUUACUGUCAGGAGAGACUUUGAUUUGAAUAAUGGACCUUCUGCUGAUGAAGUGAGUGCCGAACCAUCAACAAUAUUUAGCCAGCAUGCUAGAAGCAGUGUGCCUUCUCAGCCUACUGUUUCUGGGCUUCGUGUGAGCAGUAAUGACAUGGGAAGCUUCUCAUCAUGGUUUCCUGUGGGGAAUGCCUACUCAGCAAUCACCAUUCCAUCUAUUUUGCCUGAUAGAGGAGAGCAGCCUUUUCCAAUUGUUGCAAGUGGUGGACCACAGAGAAUGCUGGGUCCCAAUACUGGUGCCACUCCAUUUAGUCCUGAUGUCUAUAGAGGACCAGUGUUGUCAUCUUCCCCAGCAGUGCCCUUCCCAUCUACUCCAUUUCAAUAUCCUGUCUUUCCUUUUGGGACAAGCUUUCCUCUUCCCUCAACAACUUUUUCUGGUGGUUCUACAACAUAUGUAGAUUCUCCCUCUGGUGGGAGGCUUUGUUUCCCUGCGGUUCAUUCACAGUUAUUAGGGCCAGCUAGUGCAGUCCCAUCUAAUUAUCCAAGGCCUUAUGUUGUUAGCCUUCCAGAUGGUAGCAGUAAUGGCGGCACAGAGAACAGUAGGAAAUGGCUUAGGCAGGGUCUGGACUUAAAUGCAGGGCCUGGAGGUCCAGAGAUGGAAGUAAGAGAUGAGAAUUCUCUUGCCUCGAGGCAAUUGUCGGCCAGUUCACAGGCGCUAGCUGAGGAGCAAGCAAGGAUGUAUCAGGUUGCAGGUGGAGUCCUAAAGAGGAAGGAACCGGAGGGAGGGUGGGAUGGAUACAAGCAGUCAUCAUGGCAAUAGGGGUGCCUAAAUGUCAUAAUCCAGUGACCAUGAAAGCUUAUUUGAGGAUGGGCAUUGAUUGAACUCACAGAGGUCAUAACUAACUUGCGAUCUAUCAUAGGGUGUGGAUGGUAAGUUGCUUGGCCAACUGUAAUCGUCAAAAAGGAUCUGUGCAGGGUCUUCGAGCUCUUUGUUUCCUUGAAUUUGUUCUGGUGACUGCGAUUAGUUUCCCCCUUUGUAGAUAUUUUAACUGUUGGAAAGCAUGCGCUGUCUUGUCCAGACAUUUGGAAUUGGUGCCCAUACUGGUUUAGUGCAUCAAGAGUAUAUUCAAUUGGACCCAAAAUGAUCGUUUCUACAUUUCAGUCACUCUGAUAAUGAAAGGUUGAAUAGGUGAACUGCUCUUAGCAGAAGCACUUUUGUUUGUGC